AUGAAUACAAAGGGGAAAAGGACAUUAGGUAUAUGUUAUAAAAUUAUACAAGGUCCAAUUUAAAAAAUAAAUAAGCCAUCUAUUGAUUUUGAAUCAGCUUUGAAGGAACAUAGAGAAGUGGAGGAUAGAAUAAAAAUGGAAACUGACAAUUAGGAUCCAAGGUAUUGAAAGUGAUUAAUAUGAAAGGAAAUUUGUAAUGAAUUUAUUGAAUGAUCGUGAUAAUUCAUUAGUAAUAGAGAACUCUCUUACUCAUUCUCAAGUGGCUUUAAAAAAAAAAGUAUUUUUAAUAAUAAUAAAAUUGAAUAGGUGUACUUUAGAUCAAGAUAGGUAAAGAGUUAAGUGCCAUUCAUGUAAGGUUAAGUGAAAAGUAAUUCUUAAAUUUAAUUUGCAUCACCUUCAUCAAGUUUAAAGUUUGAUUUUGAUUUGAAACCAGAUUUCAAUUCUAAACGAUCGAAUUUUGUUCCAAACUUUAUAAAUUAAGGAAGUAAUUUUGAUGUAGAAGUACGUGGAACACUUGGAGAAGAAUUUACAUAGUUUUAGAUGUGUAAUAAUAAGUUUUAAUAAAAAUAGAUGACAAUGAUUCGUAACCAGAAGAUAUUCCAAAAAAUAAAAACUUUUCUUAUGGAGGUAGAAUGACAAACAAAAAAUUAAAAGAAUAUGAUUGUUGGGAUGAAGAAAGAACUCCUUAAGAAUGGUUAGAAAUAUGUAAAAAGAGUAAUCCUCCACAUGCAAAAUGUCCAAUGUUUGAUUAAUCAGACAAAUAUAUUUGGACAGAUGUAGAAGUAUUAGGCUUUGAAAAUGGUAAAUUUGAAGUUAGAGUAUUAAGAUCAGGAAAAAUUAAACGAAUAGGAAGAUUAUCAUUAUAGUUUUAUUAAGAAGAUUAAGUUAAAUUUGAAUAAAGAGUUGAAUUGUGUAAAUAAAGAUAGAAGAAUGCAGAUGAUGAAUUAAGAUUCUUAAGAUAUGUAGAUUCAUUACCUGAUUCAAUGACAUCAACAUUAUCAUUAGAAAUGUAGAAAAAGAUUGAAGAAUAUACAGUAUUUAGGGAAUUACCAUAUAUUACAAAAGAUGAUCCAAGUAAAGUAGCACCAGGAUUCCCAUAAAUACAAACACUUAAAGAUGAAUAGAAAUUAAUGAUUACAGAUCCAGAAAUUAGAAGAAAAUAAAUGCAAAAUCUUGAAGUGCUUAAAAAGGAUUUAGUCAAGUAAGUACAAAAAGAAUAUAUUAUGUUAAUGAAGAAAUGUUCAAUUCUUAAAGAUAUGGAAAUUAAUAAAAAUGAUAUUAAGUGGAUUUAAUUAAGAAUCAAAAAUAGAUUUGAAUAAAUAAAAAAACCUUAUUUCGGAUUAACUAAAUAAUUUGGAAAUGAUACUAAAAUAUUAACUUUUGAAUCUUCAGGAUAGUAGAUAUAAAAAUAAAUAAAAGUUUAGGAUAAUUGGAGUUUCGUUGGUAUCAGAUAAAAUAUAUCUUAAUUACAUUAUUCUAAAUUAACUGUUGUUGUAAACACUUUGAAUGCUUUAACAGCUAGAUCUUAAUUAUAUUAGAAUUUCCCACUCUUAAAUGUAUUACUUAAUCAUCAAUCAUUACCAAUGUCAUUAUCGAAUUUUGAGAGCUAAUAAAAAUAGCAUAAUGUUUAAGGAAGAUAAACUUUAUAAGUAUAAUGGAGAAGCACUAUUGUUGGAGAUAUUCAAGAUAAAUUAAGAGAUAAAUAUAGAUUUUAUUAAACUGAAACAGAAGACUAUUUAGAUAGUGAAUUAUAAAAAUUACUUAUAAGGAUUGAUUAUAUGUUUACCAAUUAUAUUAGAGAAAAUGUUGUUAGAUAAACUUGUUAAUCUUGGAUUGAUUUUCUUAAGAAAUUCACUACUCCAAAAGAAGGAGAAUAAUGGAAGAUUAAUGAUUAUCCAUUAUUGAUCUUAAAUCUAGAAGUUAAUCUUAAUUUUAAGAAGAGUAAGAAGAAUGAAAAAAAAAGUAAAUAAGAAGACACUCCUUUACUUGAAGAAGAUCCUAAUAGUGCAAUUUAUUUCUCUCCUAAUUUUUUAUCAAUUUAAUAAGGUUUAUUAAAACCUAUUGAUCUUCUGUUAGAAUCUGUGAAUUCAUUUAAUAGAUUAGAAAAAGAUUUAGUUCCUUUGGUUGAUAUUGAUUAAAAGAAGGAGGUGAAGGGAAGAUUAAGAGCUUAUGAAAUAGAAAAUGAUAAAGAUUAAAUGUGGAUCAAAUGGGCUAAAGAUAAAGUUUAAGAAUAUCUUGAAAUUGGUUAUAGGAAACCAAAUGAAAUGUUAUAAAAAUUUAGAGAAUUUAAUUUUUUAUUAGAAAAGUCGGUUUAGAGUGUUUUAAAAAGUCUUUUUGGAGAUACUUCAAAAAAACCUGUCAUUACUUAAUUGGAUCGAGAUGAAAUAUAAAAAAAGUUAUCUGAUUUUAUAAAUGCUAAAUUUUAAAUACAAAGAUUAUGUUUAGAUGAUAAGAAUGAAUAAUUUUUUUAGAUAAAAACAAGAGUAGCUAAAGAAAAUUUAAUAUCAAAAGCAAAUGAAUUUAUUAUAUCUAUUUUAAAAUAAUGUUCAGAGAUAGUGACAGAUAAUAUUAGUCGUUUAAGUUAAGAAUAUAGUGAUAUGAGUGAGAGAAUAACAAAAUAACCAAAAAAUGAGGCUGAAUUGGUUGAAUUAAAAACAUAUAUUGCAGAACAUGAAGUAAAUUUGGCAAAAAAGAAAUAAGAAGUAGAUUGUAUUUAUGAUUAUUUAACAAUGUUUGAAGAUAUGAAUCAUAAUUUUGAAGAUAAAAAUUUAUAUGACUUUUGGAAUUUAUAUAGUUUUCCUCCAGAAAUAAAAAACCAUGUAAUAGAAGGUCAAAGAAAGGCUAAUUUAUAGGAAUAGAAAUUUAUGGAAAAUUUAGAUAAUGAGAAAGAUAAGUUCUAAGGAGAAUUGAAGGAAUUGACAGAAUUAUUUUCAACAGUUUAGAAAUUUGAUGAUUAUUCAAGAGUAAAAGAUUUUGCAAAUGAUGUAGUGUCAUUAAAUGAUCGUUUUUAGAAUGCAUUGAAAAAAGUGGAAUCAUUUAAUGAGAGAGAAGUAUUAUUCAAACAAUAACCAUCAGUUUAUGAAGAUUUGAACUUAUUAAUAAAGGAUUUUACAAUAUAUUUUAAUUUAUGGACGAAUGCAAUAGAAUUUGAGUAUGAUAGAAGUGAUUGGUGUACAGGAUCAUUUUUAAAAUUGAAUUUUACUGAAAUAGAUAAUAAAGUUAGAACAAAUUAAAGGAAUGCGAAUUUAUUAAUAAAGGCAUUUUCAGAUGCAUAAGAUGAUGUAGCAGUUGAAGUUGCACGUAAAUUAAAAGGUUAAAUUGAUGAAUUUAAAGAGAGAUUAUGGUUAAUUGAAUUAUUAACAACUGAGGCAAUGAAAACUAAAUUAAAUAUGUGGAAGGAUAUAUGGAAGAUUGUAGGGAUUGUAGAUUAGGAGACAAAUGAUGAUUUAUCAUUAGAUGCUUUAGUAUCUCAUGGUUUAAUGAAUUAUAGGAGUGAUAUAGAAGAAGUAUCAAGAAGAGCUGAGAAGUAAUGGUAAAUAGAAAAGAAUUUAAAUUCAAUUUAAGAGAAGUUAAAAGAUUAGAAGGUGGAAAUGAUUCCAUAUAAAAAAACAGGAACUUUUGUAUUAAAAUCAUUAGAGGAAGUUGUUUAAUGUUUUGAUGAUUAAUUUAACAUUUUAUUGAUGUUAAAAGCAUAACCUUAAAUAAAAGCAGUUUUACAUAAGGCAUAAGCUUUGGAAUAGAAAAUAGUAUUAAUAUAGGAUUCAUUAGAUGGAUGGAUAAAAUGUUAACGUGGUUGGAUGUAUUUGGAACCUAUUUUUACAUCAGAUGAUAUUAAGAAGAAGAUGCCAUAAGAGACAUUGAAGUUUUAAAAGGUUGAUUCUCAUUGGAGAACAGUAAUGGAAUAAUUUAGUAAGGAACCUAAUCUUUGGGAUGGAAUAGAAAGUGAUAAGAUGAAAAAUGAAUUUGAUUAAGAUAAUAAGGCAUUAGAUUAGAUAUAGAAAUCUUUAAGUGAAUAUUUGGAAACAAAACGUAAUUCAUUUCCAAGAUUUUAUUUCUUAUCAGAUGAAGAAUUAUUAGAAAUAUUGGCUUAAACGAAGGAUCCAGAAACAGUAUAGAAACAUAUUAAUAAAUGUUUUGAAGCAAUUAAUUUAUUGGAAUUUGUAAAUGGAUAAGAAGUGGUAGCAAUGAUAUCAGCAGAGAAAGAGAAAGUUCAAUUUUCAAAAGGAAUAAAUGUGAAUGAAGGUGAAAAGAAAGGAAAUGUAGAAAAAUGGUUAUGUGAAAUAGAAUCAGUUAUGAUUGACACUUUAAGAAAGAUAAUGAAAGCAUCACAUUUAGAUAAUGAUACAAAGAGAGUAGUUUGGGUAAGAAAAUGGCCUGCAUAAAUAGUGUUAGCAGUUAAUAUGAUAAGAUGGACAAGAGGUAGUGAAGCUUCUAUAAAUGAUAAAGAAAAUUAAUAAGGAGGAUUAUAAGGAUAUUUAUAAUAAUUGAUAAAUGAAUUAAGAGAUAUUGUAGAUUUAGUAAGAUAGGAUUUAUCACCUUUGGAGAGAUUAACAUUAGGAGCUUUAGUGGUUUUGGAUGUACAUGCUAGAGAUGUUAUAAGAUAAUUAGUAAAAAUUGGUUGUAAUGAUAUCAAUAAUUUUUAAUGGAUGGCUUAAUUAAGAUAUUAUUGGACAGAACAAUUGAUGAAAUGUAAUGUUAAAAUGAUUAAUGCUGAUUUACUUUAUGGAUAUGAAUAUUUAGGUAAUAGUAUGAGAUUGGUUAUUACACCUUUAACUGAUAGAUGUUAUCGUACAUUGAUGGGAGCAUUCCAUUUACAAUAUGGAGGAGCACCCGAAGGUCCAGCAGGAACAGGUAAAACUGAAACUGUUAAGGAUUUAGCUAAAGCAUUAGCAGUUUAAUGUGUUGUAUUUAAUUGUUCUGAUGGUUUGAAUUAUUUAGCUAUGAGUAAAUUCUUUAAAGGUCUAGCAAGUUCAGGUGCUUGGUGUUGUUUUGAUGAAUUUAAUCGUAUUGAUUUAGAAGUGCUAUCUGUUAUUGCUUAAUAAGUUUUAACAAUUUAGGAUGCUAUUAGAUAAAAGAGACCAGAAUUUGAAUUUGAAGGUACUUUGAUUAAGUUGAUACCUUCAUGUGCUAUUAAUAUCACAAUGAAUCCAGGUUAUGCUGGUAGAUCUGAUUUACCUGAUAAUUUAAAAGCUCUAUUUAGACCAUGUGCUAUGAUGGUUCCAGAUUAUGCAUUAAUUUCAGAAAUUUAUUUAGCAUCUGUUGGAUUUCAAGAUGCAAACAAUUUAGCUCGUAAAAUAGUUGCUUCUUUAAGAUUAUCAUCUGAAUAACUCUCUUCUUAAGAUCAUUAUGAUUUUGGUAUGAGAGCCUUGAAAGCUAUUUUAACAGCUGCAGGUAAUUUAAAGAGAGUUAUGAAUGAUAUUGAGGAUAUUAUAUGUUUAAGAGCUUUAAUGGAUGUUAAUAUUCCCAAGUUUACAAUAAAUGAUGUACCUCUAUUUAAUUCAAUUACUUCAGAUCUAUUUCCAGGAAUCAAAUUACCUGAAUAAGAUUAUGGAGCAUUAGAGACAGCAUUAAAAAAUACUUCUCAGGAGAUCAAUAUUUAAGCUGAGAAAGGUUUUAUCGAAAAAUGUAUUCAGUUAUUUGAUACAAUAAAUGUUAGACAUGGUUUAAUGAUAGUAGGAUAAGCAUUUGCAGGUAAAUCUAAAGUAUUAGAAUGUUUGGCUAAAGCUAUGACAUCAUUAAAUAAAGUACAAUCAUUUGUAAAUGUUGCUGUGAUUAAACUUAAUCCAAAAUCAAUUACUUCAGAUUAAUUAUAUGGUAAAUUGGAUCCUGAUACAAAAUCAUGGACUGAUGGUGUUAUAGCAAUCAUUAUGAGAUAGUGUGCAUAAGAUUCAGAAGUGGAAGAGAGAAAAUGGGUUGUAUUUGAUGGUCCUGUUGAUGCUGUUUGGAUUGAAAAUAUGAAUACUGUUUUAGAUGAUAAUAAAAAAUUAUGUUUAACAUCUGGUGAAAUUAUUAAAAUGACUAAUUGGAUGACUAUGAUGUUUGAAGUAGAAGAUUUAGCUGUUGCAUCUCCUGCUACUGUUAGUAGAUGUGGUAUGGUCUUUUUAGAAACACAACAAAUUGGAUGGUAUGCCUUAGUUAAAUCAUAUAUAUAAACUAUUCCUGAAAAAUUCAUUGAACAUAGUUAUUUAGAUGAUCUACUUAGAGUUAUCAUUGAUUGCAGUUAAGAAUGGUUAAGGAAAAAUGGUAAAUUCCCUAUCUACAAAAGUGAAAUGACUCUAGUCAAAAAUAUGUUACUCAUUCUCUAAACUUAUUUAUAAGAAUGGACAGAUAUGGAUGAAAAAUCUUCUCAAAAAUAGAUUAAUCAUAAUGAAAUCAAAGAUGUUGUCUCUAAAGCUAUACUUUUCUCUUGUGUUUGGAGUUUUGGAGCAGCUAUUGAUGAAAUUUGUAGGAAAUAAUUUAAUUAAUUCUUAAUUAAAUUAAUCUCAGCUGAAGAUGUACAUGAAACUUUUAAUUUACAAUUACAAUAUAAGUUUACACCAGUUACAAUCAAUGCUAAAUUACCUGAUAAAGCUAAUCUAUUUGAUAUGGUCUAUGAUAGAAACAAAAAUAAUUUUAUUAGUUGGACUCAAACAUAACCUCCCUUCAUUAUUCCAAAAGGAUGUGAUUAUCAUGAUUUAUUAAUACCUACUAGUGAUUCUAUUAGAAACAAUUAUUUUUUGCAUCUAUGUGUAAAAAAUAAGAUACAUCUUUUGGUAUCUGGACCUACUGGUACUGGCAAAACAUCUAAUAUUGUUAGUGAAAUUAAUAAAAACUAUUUUAAUUAAGAAUAUACAAAUUUAAUAACUGCUUUUUCAGGUUAAACAUUAGUGAAUUAAGUUCAAAAGACGAUAGAAGCCAAAGUUAAUUCAAGAAGAAGAAAAGGUUAUUUUGGACCAGAGGAAGGAAAGAAGUAUAUAGUGAUAUUUAUAGAUGAUUUGAAUAUGCCAGCUAAAGAGAAGUAUGGAGCAUAACCUCCAAUAGAAUUAUUAAGGUAAUGGAUGGAUACAGGAGGUUGGUAUGAUUUAGAAACUAAAGAACCAAAAUAUUUGUAGGGGAUUACUUUUAUUGCAAGUAUGUUACCACCUACAGGAGGAAGAAAUGUAGUAAGUAUGAGAUAUUUAAGACAUUAUGUGUUAUUGUAUGUAGAACCUUUUGAAGGAGAUUCAUUAUAAAGAAUAUUUUAGAAUGUGUUGGAAUGGUAUUAUGCAAGACAGACAAAUUCAUUUAUGAAGUCUAUAACAAAUCUUAGAGAUUAAACAGUGAAUGCUACUUUAGACAUUUAUUAAUUGAUUUAGACUUGUAAAGAACUUUUACCAACUCCGGCUAAAUCUCAUUAUAUUUAUAAUCUUCGAGACAUUAGUAAAGUGUUCUAAGGUAUUUCAAAAGGAAUAAUAAAAUCAUUUAGAGAUGAGAAUGAUUUUAUUAAAUUAUGGGCACAUGAAUGCCAACGAGUAUUUUAGGAUAGAUUGAUUAAUGAAGAUGAUUAAGGAACUUUUGAUAAGAUUCUGAAGGAAACUAUAUUGAAACAUUUCAAGAGAGAUUGGAAACAAUUAGUAUAAAUAGAGCCUCUUUUAUGGGCUUCAUUUGUUCCAACUCUAUAUCCUGAUGAUGAUAGAACAAAGAGACCAAUGACUGAUAUCUAUUGUGAAUUAACAGAUAGAGAGACAUUGAAGAAGGUUUGUUAGGAAUAAUUGAAUGAAUAUAAUUCUUAAUACACGAGUAAUAGAAUGGAAUUAGUGUUAUUUAUGAAUGCAAUAUAACAUGUAUUAAAGAUAGUACGUGUUGUUAAUACUACAUUUGGUCAUGCUCUAUUGGUUGGUGUAGGAGGUUCAGGUAGAAAAAGUUUGGCUUAAUUGGCUUCAUUCAUAGCAUUUCAAAAUGAAACCUUAUAGGUAGAUUCAAGGAAUUGGAUAGAAGAAUUGUAGAAGGUAAUGAAAAUGGGAGGAAUAGAUUAGAAGGAAUUUGUGUUUAUGUAUUCAGAUACUUAGAUUAUUAAGGAAUCAAUGGUUGAAGAUAUUUGUAAUAUUUUGAAUAAUGGUGAGGUACCUAAUUUAUUCCCUCCAGAAGAAAAGAGUAAGAUUAUUGAAGAAAUGAGUAGUUAUACUUCUGGAACACCAAAUGAAAAAUAUGGUUAUUUUGUUAAGUAAUGUAAGAAGAAUUUACAUCUUGUAAUUUGUAUGUCACCAGUAGGUGAAGCAUUUAGAAGAAGAUUACGUACUUUUCCUGCUUUAGUCAAUUGUACAACUAUUGAUUGGUUUUUACCAUGGCCAGAAGAAGCACUUAGAUCAACUGCAGAUGCUGUAUAUACAAGAGAUAUGAAUAUAAGUGAUAAUAAAUUGAGAUAAGGAUUAGUUGAUAUAGCAGUUGAUAUGUAAUUGAGAGUAUCAGAUUUAACUAAAAGAUAUUAUAAUGAAUUAAGAAGAUAUUAUUAUGUUACACCAACAUCUUAUUUGGAAUUGCUAAAUACAUUUAAGAGACUCAAAUCAGAUAGAGAUUAAAAUAUGUCUAAAAUGAUAUCUCGUUAUGAAGCAGGUGUUGAUAAGAUUAUCAUUACAGAAAGUGAAGUAAGUAAAAUGUAAAAGGAAUUAGAGGAUUUAUAGCCUAAAUUAGAAUAAGCCACUAAAGAUAAUAGUAUAAUGUUGAUUAAUUUGUAAAAGAAAUAAAAGGAAGCUGAUGCAAGAAAGUAAGUUUGUCAAUAAGAAGAAAAGGAUUGUAAUGUUUAAAGAGAUGCAGCUAAUGCUUUGAGAAAUGAUUGUUAAAAUGAUCUUGAUAAAGUGUUGCCAAUUUUGGCUUAAGCUGCUGAAGCUUUAGAAAAGAUUGAUAAGAAUGAUAUGGUUCAAUUGAAAUCAUUCCCUAAGCCUCCUCCUUCUGCUGCUAUUGUUAUGGAAGGUUUAUGUUACAUUUUCUAGGAAGAUCAAAAUGUACCAUGGAAACCAAAAGAACCUGGUUCUAUGGAAAAAGUGUAAGAUUUUUGGGAGUAUUCUAAAAAGAAUCUAUUGAAUGAUAAGUUGAUAAAAAGAAUUAAGGAUUUUAGAGAUGAUUCUAUUAGAUAGAUUCCUUAAGCUAAAAUCAAUAAAUUAAAAGCUUUUUCAUAAAAUCCUUUGUUCUAAAAAGAUAAAGUAUUUAAUGCAUCUGUUGCAGCAGGUAAUUUAAGUUUGUGGGUUCGUGCUGUUGUUGAAACCUAUGAUGCUUUGUUGGUUGUAGAUCCAAAGAGAUAAUAAUUAUUAGAAGCAGAAUCAAAGUUAAAAGAAGCUGAAGAAACUUUGAGAGUUAAACAAGAAGCCUUACAAGAAGUACUUGACACAUUGGCAAAAUUAGAAGCAGAUUAUAAUAAAGCUAAAUAGGAAAAAGAAGAUUUAGAGGCUAAGGUUAAUAAAUGUAAGAUCUAAUUGAGUAGAGCAGAAAAAUUAAUAACUGAAUUAGGAGGAGAGAAAGAGAGUUGGAAAAAGAAGGCUGCUGAUUAUAGAGUUGAUUCUAAAACAAUUGUUGGUGAUUGUAUAUUAUCCUCAGGAAUUGUUGCAUACUUAGGAGCAUUCCCUAUUGCUUAUAGAGAUGAUACAAUCAAAAUAUGGUAAAAUUUAUUAGAGAAAUUGCAUAUUGAAUUUGAUCCUGAUUAUUCAUUACAAAAGAUAUUAUGUGAUCCAAUUACCAUGGGAUAAUGGACAAAUGUUUAAAAAUUACCGAAUGAUUCAUUCUCUAUUGAUAAUGCUAUCAUCCUUAAAAAUUCAACAAGAUGGCCUUUAAUGAUUGAUCCUCAAACUUAAGCUAAUACUUGGGUUAAACACAUGGAAUCUUCACAAUUAGUUAUUGUAAGACCCACACAAUCAUAAAAUGUAUUAUCAAAGACCUUGGAAAGUGCUAUAUAAUUUGGUUAGAGUGUUUUACUGGAAAAUGUAGGUGAAACAAUAGAUGCUAUUUUUGAAUCUAUUCUCUAAUAAAAAAUCAUUAAAUAGGGUUCAGCUUAUAAAUUGAAAUUUGGAGAUAAAAUGAUUGAUUAUUCUAGAGAUUUUAAGUUUUACAUGACCACAAAAUUGGCUAGACCUCAUUAUCCACCUGAAAUUUGUGUUAAGGUUACAAUGUUGAAUUUCUAAGUUACUUAAGAAGGUUUAGAAGAUUAGAUGUUAAAUAUUGUUGUUAAGAUUGAAGAACCUGCUAAAGAUGAAUAAAGAUAAAGAAAUAUUAAGGAAUUCUUUGAAAAUAAGAAUAAAUAAAAGAUGACAGAAGAUAAUAUCUUAUAAUUAUUAUAAGAAUCAAAAGGCAAUCUUUUGGAUGAUGAAGUACUCAUUGAUACUUUGUAAAGAUCUAAGGCUGAAUCUAUCACUAUAUAAGAUAAGUUAAAGAAACAAGAAAUUGAUAGAGAAUAAUUUAAUCAAAUUCGUAAUUUCUAUAAGGAAGUAGCCAAGAGAGUUGCAAAUUUAUACUUUGUUGUUUUGGAUCUUUCAUUGAUUGAACCUACUUAUUAAUGGUCUUUAGAGUUUUAUAUAAUACUUUUUGAAAGAGCUAUAAGAGAAUCAAUUUAAGGAAAGGAAAACAGAAGCAAAAAUAUUAUUGAUAAAUUUUAGAUAUCUCUUUAUGAGAGUAUUUGUAGAUCAUUAUUAGAGAAAGAUAAAUUAAUAUUUUCAUUUUUAAUGACGAUGAAAGUUAUGUAAAGUGAAGGUAAGAUUACUCCAUAAGAAAUACGUUUUACUAUGGUUGGUGGUACUUAUACAGAUCCAACAUAUUCUUAACCAUAACCAGAAUGGGUAUCUAAAAAGAUGUGGUGUUUAGUAACUGAAGCAGCAGAUACUCUACCAUAUUUCAAAGGAUUUCCAGAAUCAUUCUCUAAAAAUCUAACUGAUUGGCAAGAAAUCUAUGAUAAUAGUGAACCAUAAACUUAAUAAUUACCACAACCUUGGCAUUCAUAAUUAUCUGCCUUCCAAAAAUUAAUUGUUUUACGUAUUAUACGUCCUGAUAAAUUUGCUAAUGCUACUUAGAAUCUAAUUAUUACAGAAAUGGGUAAAUAGUUUAUGGAUCCACCUCCAUUUAAUCUUGAAUAUGCUUACAAGGAUGCAGAUGCUUACACUCCUUUAAUCUUUAUUUUAUCUCCUGGUGCUGAUCCUCGUCUAGAAAUAUCAGCAUUAGCUGACCGUUUAGGAUUUAGAUAAAAUUUCAUCACUCUCUCUUUAGGAUAAGGUUAAGGUGAAAUUGCUACUAAUGCUAUUAAAGGUGCUGUUAAAGAUGGAAAAUGGGUUCUAUUAUAAAAUUGUCAUCUUGCACCUUCUUUUAUGCCUGAAUUAGAAAGAAUACAUGAAUAAGAAAUCUGUGCUAAACCACCAUAAGAGGUUAAUUCUGAUUUUAGAAUUUGGUUGACUUCAAUGCCUUCAAAUGUAUUCCCAGUUACUCUUUUAAUGAGGGGAAUUAAAAUGACUUACGAACCACCAAGAGGUCUUAAAAAUAAUAUGUUGAGAAACUUUUCAUCUAUUGAUUCUAAAAAUUUCGAAUUAUGUAAAAAACCAGUUGAAUGGAAAAAAUUAUUUUUCGGAUUAAAUUUCUUCCAUGCAGUGUGUCUAGAACGUCGAAAAUAUGGACCACUUGGAUGGAAUAUCCCAUAUGAAUUUACAUCAGCAGAUCUUGCCAUCUCUGUUUCUUAAUUAAAAAAUUUCCUUGAUACUUUUGAAGACAUACCCUGGGAAGCUCUUAAUUAUAUGGUAGCUGAAGCUAAUUAUGGAGGUAGAGUUACAGAUCCAAAAGAUAGAAGAUUAAUUGCUAUUCUUCUUAAACAAUUCUACACAACUGAUGUGUUACAAAUUGACAAACAUAAAUUAAGUCCAAGUGGUAUAUAUUAUGUACCUCCAAAUGGAGUAUUGGAAGAUUACAAAGAAUACAUAAGAAAUCUACCUUUGAAUGAUUAAACAGAAGUUUUUGGAUUGCAUGAUAAUGCAGAAAUUUCUUCAGCAAUAAUUGAAACUAAUUUUAUAACAUCUACUAUAUUAUCAUUAUUGCCAAGAUCAACUGGAGGUGGUGGUGCAUCUGCAGAAGAUCUAAUAAAGGAAAAGUGUAAACAAAUUUUAUCUAAAUUGCCUAAAUAAUUUAAUGUAUUUGAGGCAGCUCGUAAACAUCCUGUUCAAUAUAAUUAAAGUAUGAAUACAGUGUUGUAAUAAGAGUUAAUUAGAUUUAAUAAAUUGUUAGCAGCUGUUACAUCAUCACUUAUAGAUUUAGGUAAGGCAAUUGAUGGUUUAGUUGUAAUGAGUGCAGAUCUUGAAUAAGUCUUUAAUAAAGUUUUUGAUAAUUAAGUACCAGAUGUAUGGCAUAAAGUGGCUUAUCCUUCACUUAAACCAUUAGGAUCCUGGAUCAAUGACUUUAUUGAUAGAUUGAAUUUUAUGUAAUUGUGGAUAGAUAAUGGAGCUCCACCAACAUUUUGGGUAUCUGGAUUUUUCUUUACUUAAUCUUUUUUGACAGGAACUCUCUAAAACUUUGCUAGAAAGGUAAAAAAUGAUAUUAAUUAAAUCAUAGUAUUAAAUUCCAAUAGAUACACUUUCAUUUGAAUUUAUAGUGAUUCCACCUUCAUCAUAAGAAUAUGAUCUCACAAAACCUCCAGAUGAUGGUUGUUAUGUUUAUGGUUUGUUCCUUGAUGGUGCUAGAUGGGAUGAAGAAAAUAGAUGUCUCAAUGAAAGUUUACCAAAAAUACUGCAAUAUAAGGUGCCUUAUUUAUGGUUAUUACCAAGUGAAGAGAAAAAGGAUUGGGAGGCUGAUUUAUCUGUAAUUAAUAUAAUUUAAAUAUAGGUUUAUGAAUGUCCAGUUUAUAAGACAUCCAGAAGAGCUGGUACACUAUCUACAACAGGUCACUCUACCAACUUUGUCAUUUCUAUAUAUUUACCUAUUUCACCUGAUCAUCAUCCAUAUCAUUGGGUCAAAAGAGGAGUAGCUAUGUUAUGCUAAACAGAUGAUUGAUUCAAUAUUUUAUAGUGUUAGGU